AGUAACACCACACGUUGGAUAGUGUGUGCUGUGCAGUGACAGGUGUUCCAGUGCUGAAUACAUCCGCUUCCGGUUUCCUGCUGUGUGUUACAAACUGCACAGCGGGAUUUUGUUGGGGCAGAUACAAGGAAGACUCUAAAGAUUCGAAAUGUUCUAUUGCUACGCUUUUACUUUCUGGUGCUUGCUGUGGCUGGUCUUUCACCCUUCCGUGAACUGCAGCGAUUUGAGUACUUGGCGAGAAUGCAACGAAACGUAUCCUGUUUCUGAUGAAACGAUCAUUUCCUUCCGGAAAAACGGCACUAUACCAGACAAGUAUGAUACAACGGCAAGGUGCUUCGCUGACUGUUAUGGAAAGAAGACCACUAUGCUAACUUCAGAUGGAGGUUUCAACUGGACCACCCUAGAAAUCAUUGCAUCAAACUUCAAGACGAAGCACACCGCACUGGACGUAUUUGGAAAGUGCAGGCAGGACAUCAGUGAUGAUGAAUGCAUGCAAAGCUACCUUUCACUCCAGUGUGUGGCUGAAACAAUCCUGUCCCUUGUUAAUGCAAGAUAAUGCUGCAGCUGCGUGAGGAUGUCAGAGCAUCACAGAGAAAUUGAAGCUCACUUCUUCAAAGAGGAAUCCUGUGUUGAAUUUAUUCACUUAAACUGAAGUGAUUUCAGUUAAGGACUAUUACCAACAGCAGAAACUCGUGUAUCAAAAAUAUUCUUUUGUGCAGCAAUAAAAACUUUAUUGUCAAAUAAA